UAAAAGCUAUGUUGCUCAUGCUUGCACAGCAAAUGCCCUAUCUACUGAGCUAUCUUACCAGCCAACAUUGAAGUUAUCAAGACUGAAGUUGGUGAAAAGAGAAACCAAUUAACAAGUGAUCCUACAGAACCAUGAUAUCAUUCCACAGAAGAUGGACACAUCUCCAGUCAGUCAUAGAGAUGGAUAAAAUUUCAUUGUGUAUAUGUACCAAGUUUUCGUUAUCAAUUGCUACUUGAUGAGCAACUAGGCUGAUUAAUUUUCCUGACUACUGUGAAUGCAGCAGGCUUGAACAUGGAAACGCAAGUAUCUCUCUAGUACGAAAGAUGUACAGUCCUUUGGGUUCAUCCCAGAUUCAGUAUAGCUGGCUCAUAUCGUGGUUCUACUUUUAAUUUUAGAGAAACAACCAGUAUGAUAUCUAUGGUGGCUACACCACUAUACAUUCUUCAUCAGCAUUUGUUGUCCUCUGCUUUCUUAAUGAAGGUCAACAUGUCCAGAGUGAGAGAAAUGUCAAAGUGAUGUCCAAUCAAACCUCAGUCACUGAAUUUCUCCUCCUGGGAGUGACAGACAUACAAGAAUUAAAUCCUAUUCUCUUUGCUAUUUUCUUCACCAUCUACUUUGUCAAUAUAACUGGGAAUGGAGCCAUCCUGAUGAUCGUCAUCUUGGACCCAAGACUCCACUCACCUAUGUAUUUCUUCCUGGGAAACCUAGCAUGUCUAGAUAUCUGCUUCUCCACUGUGACCCUGCCAAAGAUGCUGCAGAACCUCCUUUCCACGAGCAAAGCAAUUUCCUUCUUGGGAUGUAUAACUCAGCUUCACUUCUUCCACUUCCUGGGUAGCACUGAGGCUCUGCUGCUGCCAGUGAUGGCAUUUGACCGCUUUGUGGCUAUCUGCAGACCACUCCACUAUUCUGUCAUCAUGAAUCACCAAGUCUGUAUUCACAUGACUGUUACUAUCUGGACCAUAGGCUUUUUCCAUGCCUUGCUUCACUCUGUGAUGACAUCUCGUUUGAGCUUCUGUGGUCCCAAUCAUGUCCAUCAUUUUUUCUGUGAUGUUAAGCCAUUGCUGGAUCUGGCCUGUGGAAAUACUGAACUCAACCUUUGGCUGCUCAAUACAGUCACAGGCACCAUUGCCCUCACUCCCUUUUUUCUGACAUUUCUCUCCUAUUUCUACAUCAUCACCUAUCUUCUCCUCAAAACCCGUUCUUGCAGCAUGCUCCACAAAGCACUGUCUACUUGUGCCUCUCACUUCAUGGUUGUUUUUCUAUUCUAUGCUCCUGUUCUUUUUAUCUACAUUCGUCCUACCUCAGGCAGCUCUCUGGAUCAGGACAGAAUCAUUGCCAUCAUGUAUAGUGUGGUCACUCCUGCUCUCAAUCCACUCAUCUACACGCUGAGAAACAAGGAAGUGAGAAGUGCAUUGAAUAGGAAGGUGAGAAGAUGGCUCUGA